GGACUCAAUACCUACUCCAAUUGCUAAACUCAUCAAGUUAUUUCUGUACUUGGGCAUCAUUUUCGUCAGUUAAAUAUACGCCUGAGGGCGUUCCUAUAUCACUGAUUGCUUCAUUUUGCGCAGUCUCAACAAUCAACAACCAUGCAUUCCGCAAGCAAUCGUGUACAGGGCGUAUUCGGCUUCUUCACAACAGUGGCAGCUUUUGUCGCCGGAUUUGCAGCUCUAUCUGUCCUUUUGCAUCCUGCCACAGAUGUUUCAUCUAGCAUCGGUUUGACAAAUGUGCAAGUGGUCCGAGGUCGACCGCACUACUACUCCUCCAAACGAGAAGAAUAUGCCCGAAUCGAAUUCGAUCUUGAUGCAGAUCUCUCCCCGCUAUUCAAUUGGAACACAAAACAACUCUUCGUCUACGUCCUAGCCUCGUAUCCCGCGUCUUCGGCAGCAAGCGAAAAUCCUCACAACUCCGAAGCUAUCAUCUGGGAUAUGAUCAUUCCCGCACCAGAAUCGCCAUAUUCAUUUUCCAAUCUGAAAGAACGAUUCUUCCCAUCAACCACAAAGUCCGUCGGCAAGAACUCCAAGAAGACCAAUAAUAAGAAAACGCAACCGAAGAAAACCGAACAGCAACAAUCAGGUAUCCUACACCUACGCAACCAAAAAUCAAAAUACCAAAUCACGGAUAUCUCGGGUAAGAUUGCGGAGCGGGAAAACGUCACGCUCACAGUAGGCUGGAAUGUGCAGCCCUGGGUUGGAGCGUUGUUGUGGAGUGAAGGGACAGGAGCGUGGCCUAGGACGGAGGGACAGGUUGGAAGGAGUAAAUCGUUUAAAUUCCCGGCAAUAAAGACCAAGUCGAGCACGGGUACGACGUCGCAGGCUACGUAUGUUUAAGUCGGGCGUUGGGCAUAU